AAAUAGGAGCGAGAGCGAAGGCCUCUCUCUCUCUCUCUCUCUGUCUCGCUUGGGGUCGAUCGUUGCUGAGGAGGACGAGGAUGGCGGAGCAGCUCACCGACGAGCAGAUCUCCGAGUUCAAGGAGGCAUUCAGCUUGUUCGACAAGGAUGGCGAUGGUUGCAUCACAACCAAGGAGUUGGGAACCGUGAUGCGUUCUCUGGGUCAGAACCCCACGGAGGCUGAACUGCAGGACAUGAUAAAUGAGGUUGAUGCAGAUGGCAAUGGGACAAUUGACUUCCCAGAGUUCCUCAACCUGAUGGCACGCAAGAUGAAGGAUACCGACUCAGAGGAGGAGCUGAAGGAGGCCUUUCGGGUAUUUGACAAGGAUCAGAAUGGCUUCAUCUCUGCCGCUGAGCUCCGCCAUGUCAUGACCAACCUUGGCGAGAAGUUGACGGAUGAGGAGGUCGACGAGAUGAUUCGAGAGGCUGAUGUUGACGGUGAUGGCCAGAUCAACUACGAGGAAUUCGUUAAAGUCAUGAUGGCCAAGUGAGAGCCCUCUCUCUGCAAGGUGAAAUAAGAAGCCGGGGGGGGGGGGGGGGG